AUGCAGCAGCAGAGAGCAGACUGUCCUGAACCCAGCAGUGUGUCCAUGAAGAGCGACCGAUCUAUGGGUCGUGGUAUUAAGUUUAAAGAUGGACGGCCUACUAGCUCAGAGGUUCCCAGUGAUCAGUCUGCACAGCAGCAUCAAACACAGCUGGACUCCAUAUUUAUGCUGCUGGAGGAGAACAUCCUCACUUUUGUGAAGAACGAGCUGAAGAGAGUCCAGAGGGGUCUGAGUCCAGAUUACCCAGAAUGCCUAGAGAGUCAGAGUGAGGAUGAGGAGGUGUUGGACGGUGAGGAGGAAGAGCAGAGGAGGAAGAGCAGAGAUGCAUUUCUGAAGAUCACAGUGCACUUCCUGAGGAGAAUGAAGCAGGAGGAGCUGGCUGAGCGUCUGCAGAGAAGUCGUGCUGCAAAGUGUCGACGUAAACUCAAGUCUAAUCUGCAGAAGAAGUUCCAGUGUCUGUUUGAGGGGAUCGCUAAAGCAGGAAACCCAACCCUUCUGAAUCAGAUCUACACACCGCUCUACAUCACAGAGGGAGGGACUGCAGAGGUCAAUGAUGAACAUGAGGUCAGACAGAUUGAAACAGCAUCCAGGAAACCAGACAGACCAGAAACAACAAUCAGACAAGAAGACAUCUUUAAAGGCUCACCUGGAAGAGAUGAACCAAUCAGAACAGUGAUGACAAAGGGAGUGGCUGGCAUUGGGAAAACAGUCUUAACACAGAAGUUCACUCUGGACUGGGCUGAAGACAAAGCCAACCAGGACAUAGACUUCACAUUUCCAUUCACUUUCAGAGAGCUGAAUGUGCUGAAAGAGAAAAAGUACAGCUUGGUGGAACUUGUUCAUCACUUCUUUACUGAAACCAAAGAAGCAGGAAUCUGCAGGUUUGAAGAGUUCCAGGUUGUAUUCAUCUUUGACGGUCUGGAUGAGUGUCGACUUCCUCUGGACUUCCACAACACUGAGAUCCUGACUGAUGUUACAGAGUCCACCUCAGUGAAUGUGCUGCUGACAAACCUCAUCAGGGGGAAACUGCUUCCCUCUGCUCGCCUCUGGAUAACCACACGACCUGCAGCAGCCAAUCAGAUCCCUCCUGAGUGUGUCGGCAUGGUGACAGAGGUCAGAGGGUUCACUGACCCACAGAAGGAGGAGUACUUCAGGAAGAGAUUCAGAGAUAAGGAGCAGGCCAGCACCAUCAUCUCCCACAUCAAGACAUCACGAAGCCUCCACAUCAUGUGCCACAUCCCAGUCUUCUGCUGGAUCACUGCUACAGUUCUGGAGGAUGUGUUGAAAAGCAGAGAGGGAGGAGAGCUGCCCAAGACCCUGACUGAGAUGUACAUCCACUUCCUGGUGGUUCAGUCCAAAAUGAAGAACAUCAAGUAUGAUGGAGGAGCUGAGACAGAUCCACACUGGAGUCCAGAGAGCUGGAAGAUGAUUGAGUCUCUGGGAAAACUGGCUUUUGAGCAGCUGCAGAAAGGCAACCUGAUCUUCUAUGAAUCAGACCUGACAGAGUGUGGCAUCGAUGUGAGAGCAGCCUCAGUGUACUCAGGAGUGUUCACACAGGUCUUUAAAGAGGAGAGAGGGCUGUACCAGGACAAGGUGUUCUGCUUCGUCCAUCUGAGUGUUCAGGAGUUUCUGGCUGCUCUUCAUGUCCAUCUGACAUUCAUCAAGUCUGGAGUCAAUCUGCUGGCAGCAAAACAAACAACAUCACAGCGGUCUGAAGUGAUCAGAGGCAAAUCAACACGUUUCUACCAGAGCGCUGUGGACGAGGCCUUAAAGAGUCCAAAUGGACACCUGGACUUGUUCCUCCGCUUCCUCCUGGGUCUUUCACUGCAGACCACUAAGACUUUCCUACAAGGUCUGCUGACACAGACAGGAAGUAGCUCAAAGACCAAUCCAAAAGCAGUCGAGUACAUCAAAAAGAAGAUCAGUGAGAAUGUGUCUGCAGAGAGAAGCAUCAAUCUGUUCCACUGUCUGAAUGAACUGAAUGAUCGUUCUCUAGUGGAGGAGAUCCAACAGUACCUGAGAUCAGGAAGUCUCUCCACAGAUAAACUGUCUCCUGCUCAGUGGUCAGCUCUGGUCUUCAUCUUACUGUCAUCAGAAAAAGAUCUGGAUGUGUUUGACCUGAAGAAAUACUCUGCUUCAGAGGAGGCUCUUCUGAGGCUGCUGCCAGUGGUCAAAGCCUCCAACAAAGCUCUGUUGACUGACUGUAACCUCUCAGAGAGAAGCUGUGCAGCUCUGUCCUCAGUUCUCAGCUCCCAGUCCUCGAGUCUGAGAGAUCUGGACCUGAGUAACAACGACCUGCAGGAUUCAGGAGUGAAGCAGCUUUCUGCUGGACUGGAGAGUCCACAUUGUACACUGGAAACUCUCAGGUUGACUGACUGUAACCUCUCAGAGAGAAGCUGUGCAGCUCUGUCCUCAGUUCUCAGCUCCCAGUCCUCUAGUCUGAGAGAUCUGGACCUGAGUAACAACAACCUGCAGGAUUCAGGAGUUAAGCAGCUUUCUGCUGGACUGGAGAGUCGAAACUGUACACUGGAACUGGAACUGGAUCCAAACACCAUGAACAGAAACCUCAAACUGUCUGACAACAGGAAGGUGACAUAUGUGGAGAAGGUUCAGUCAUAUCCUGAUCAUCCAGACAGAUUUGACUCUUAUCCUCAGCUGCUGAGUAGAAAUGUUCUGACUGGUCGCUGUUACUGGGAGGUCAAGUGGAGAGGAGGAGCUUAUUUAUCAGUGAGUUACAGAAGAAUCAGAAGGAAAGGAAACAGUGAUGGCUGUUUGUUUGGAAGGAACGAUCAGUCCUGGUGUCUGAUCUGCUCUAGUUAUAGUGGUUACUCUGUCCAUCACAAUAAGAGAGGAACAGCCAUCUCCUCCUCCUCCUCCUGGUCCUCCUCCUCCUCUGUCUCUGACAGAGUAGCAGUGUAUGUGGACUGUCCUGCUGGCACUCUGUCCUUCUACAGAGUCUCCUCUGACACACUGAUCCACCUCCACACCUUCAAGACCACAUUCACUGAACCUCUGUAUGCUGGGUUUGGGCUGUGGUCUGGUUCCUCAGUCUCUCUGGUUCCUCUGUAG